GCCAGUUUUUUCCUAAACCGAAACAAUCGAUAAAAACGGGCCGCCGGUGAAUACGAAGCAUUGAAACCACAGUGUGAAUGAACGUGGACAACCAUUGAACAGAUACGAUUAGUGACAUACUAAUAGAAGAGCAAUCAUGGAGGACGGCCAUAGCAAAACCGUGGAGGAGGUGGUAAAUUAUUUCGACGUUGACCCUGAGAAAGGAUUGUCUGUCGAGCAGGUGAAGAAAAACCAGGAGAAAUAUGGUCUCAACGAGUUGCCAGCCGAGGAGGGAAAAUCCAUAUGGCAACUUGUCCUGGAACAAUUCGACGACCUUCUAGUUAAGAUUCUUCUAUUAGCCGCUAUUAUUUCUUUUGUAUUAGCUUUAUUUGAAGAGCACGAAGAUGCGUUCACGGCCUUCGUCGAGCCCUUCGUCAUUUUGCUCAUUCUUAUCGCAAACGCCGUAGUCGGCGUGUGGCAGGAACGUAACGCUGAAUCUGCGAUCGAAGCGUUGAAGGAGUAUGAGCCCGAGAUGGGCAAAGUUCUACGAAUGGACAAGGCCGGUGUCCAAAGAAUUCGAGCCAAGGAGAUCGUGCCCGGAGACGUGGUCGAAGUGUCUGUCGGUGACAAAAUCCCGGCCGAUAUUCGUCUCACCAAGAUCUACUCCACCACCCUCAGGAUCGAUCAGUCUAUCCUGACUGGUGAAUCGGUCUCGGUUAUCAAGCAUACCGACCCGAUUCCCGAUCCACGUGCUGUCAAUCAGGACAAGAAGAAUAUUCUGUUCUCUGGUACCAAUGUCGCCGCCGGCAAAGCCCGCGGUGUUGUUAUUGGAACUGGCUUGAACACCGCCAUUGGUAAGAUCCGUACCGAGAUGUCCGAGACCGAGGAGAUCAAGACCCCGCUACAACAGAAACUGGAUGAGUUCGGCGAGCAAUUGUCGAAAGUCAUUUCCGUUAUUUGCGUUGCUGUCUGGGCCAUCAACAUUGGACACUUCAACGACCCAGCUCACGGUGGAUCAUGGAUCAAGGGAGCUAUCUACUACUUCAAGAUUGCUGUUGCUCUUGCCGUGGCCGCUAUCCCCGAAGGUCUGCCAGCUGUAAUCACGACCUGUUUGGCUUUGGGAACCCGUCGUAUGGCCAAGAAGAACGCCAUUGUCCGAUCGUUGCCGUCCGUUGAAACUCUUGGUUGCACGUCCGUCAUCUGUUCAGACAAGACUGGUACAUUGACCACUAACCAGAUGUCCGUUAGCCGCAUGUUCAUCUUCGACAAAAUCGAGGGUAACGACAGUUCCUUCCAUGAAUUUGAGAUCACCGGAUCGACCUACGAGCCUAUCGGCGAGGUUUUCCUGAGGGGCAAGAAGAUCAAGGGAGAGGACUACGAAACUCUCCACGAAAUUAGUACGAUUUGCGUCAUGUGCAACGAUUCUGCCAUUGAUUUCAACGAGUUCAAGCAAGCUUUCGAAAAGGUCGGCGAGGCGACCGAGACUGCCCUUAUUGUUCUCGCUGAGAAGGUCAAUCCGUUCGGCGUAUCGAAAAGUGGACUGGACAGACGUAACACGGCCAUCGUUGUUCGACAAGAUAUGGAGACCAAAUGGAAGAAAGAAUUCACAUUGGAAUUCUCCCGCGAUCGUAAAUCCAUGUCGUCCUAUUGUGUCCCUCUUAAACCAACCAAACUGGGUACCGGACCGAAACUGUUCGUUAAGGGCGCACCCGAAGGUGUCUUGGAUAGGUGCACGCAUGCCCGUGUUGGCUCUACCAAGGUUCCCCUCACUUCUACUCUGAAGAACCGUAUCUUGGACUUGACUCGUCAAUACGGCACUGGCCGAGACACACUGCGAUGCCUUGCUCUUGCCACUGCCGAUCAUCCAAUGAAACCCGACGACAUGGAUCUCGGUGACUCCACAAAAUUCUACACAUACGAGAAAGAUCUUACUUUCAUUGGCGUUGUUGGUAUGCUUGACCCGCCUCGCAAAGAAGUAUUCGAUUCCAUUGCAAGGUGUCGUGCUGCUGGUAUUCGUGUCAUUGUCAUCACUGGGGACAACAAGGCUACUGCUGAGUCUAUCUGUCGACGAAUUGGUGUCUUCGGUAAAGAUGAGGAUACAACUGGAAAAUCAUACUCCGGACGUGAAUUCGACGAUCUUCCUACGUCGGAACAGAAGGCAGCUUGUGCUAGGGCUCGUUUGUUCUCUCGUGUAGAACCGGCUCAUAAAUCUAAAAUCGUUGAGUACUUACAGAGCAUGAACGAAAUCUCAGCUAUGACGGGUGAUGGUGUAAAUGAUGCCCCAGCUUUGAAGAAGGCUGAAAUUGGUAUUGCUAUGGGAUCGGGAACCGCAGUGGCGAAAUCCGCAUCUGAGAUGGUGUUGGCGGACGACAACUUCUCUUCCAUUGUUGCAGCCGUUGAGGAAGGCCGUGCUAUCUACAACAACAUGAAGCAAUUCAUCCGUUACCUUAUCUCUUCCAACAUUGGUGAAGUCGUGAGUAUAUUCUUGACUGCCGCCCUUGGUCUUCCCGAAGCCUUGAUCCCUGUGCAGCUUCUGUGGGUCAACUUGGUCACUGACGGUCUUCCAGCUACCGCUCUUGGUUUCAAUCCACCUGACUUGGACAUCAUGAGCAAGCCUCCCCGUAAAGCCGAUGAAUCCCUUAUUUCUGGCUGGUUGUUCUUCCGCUAUCUGGCUAUUGGCGGAUACGUAGGUGCUGCAACUGUUGGAUCAGCUGCAUGGUGGUUCUUGUACAGUCCAAAUGGCCCACAAAUGAACUACUAUCAAUUGACUCAUCACCUGGCGUGUUUGGGUGGUGGCGAAGAAUUCAAGGGCGUCAACUGCAAGAUCUUCACGGAUCCUCAUCCCAUGACGAUGGCCCUGUCUGUACUCGUAACCAUCGAAAUGUUGAAUGCUAUGAACAGUUUAUCUGAGAAUCAAUCUCUCAUCACUAUGCCGCCCUGGUCUAACAUGUGGCUCAUUGCCUCUAUGGCUCUUUCUUUCACACUCCACUUUGUCAUCCUUUACAUCGAUGUCCUUUCGACUGUAUUCCAAGUUACUCCCUUAACGGGCGAGGAAUGGAUUACCGUUAUGAAGUUCUCCAUUCCAGUGGUACUUCUCGACGAAACCCUGAAAUUCAUUGCCAGAAAGAUUACAGAUGUGGCACCGCCAGUGACGCCGCCGAAUUAAAGAUCGGGACGCGUAGGACGAAUCGACACCUGUUCGGGCACGAGAAAUCGUCAAUGGGCACUUAACACCCACCCGCAACAACCCUCAAGCUGCUCGAUGGGAUCAAACGACAGAAAAAAAAAACAAAUAAUAAACAAAAAAGUCACAGAACACUUUUAUCGACAUAUUCGAUAAACACACGUAUACUCAUUACAUCUAUCCGAGGAACACGCAUACAAACGAACGGGAAUCAAAUUGGAAAAGUUUUUGAGACACACACACACACACACACACACAACACACACAUACGUCGUAUUCUCUUUUCUUUUUUUUCUCUCUUUUUUUUUUUUUUCUUCAUCGUAGAUCAAUUGAUGCCUCGGAAGGGUAGUUCAGGGGGAUGUUAUUAUAGUUAGAAGAAGAUCAAAGGACAGCAUUCAUUUGGUGCAAAGAUAACGUUUCGGAGUAACGUGACCGAUUCGGAUUUUGUGUCCGCGUGAACCUAGAGGAGAGCCGCCGUCUCAGGCAGCCAGGAACGCGUCUAAUCGGAGCGGCUUGCUGUUUCGCCCGCCAAAUAGUCCCGUCGGCAGUCCCAUUAAUGGCUGUAUCUGUGUUAUGUUGCAGUAAACGAAACGGUCGUCGACAAGUGGAACUAGGCUUGUCUCACUGUGCCGCCGGCAACGAUUCUUCUGCCAAGCACAAAAUACUGUAAAAACAACUAAAAAAAAAAAAAAAAAAAAGACAGAGACGAAACAAGCGGGACUCAAUAUCGAGCGAGGCUGCGCCUGCGCUUGCGCGACAACCAACCAAUAUACCGCAAAAAUAGCAACACUCUCGAUAUACACUAUAAACAUUUUAGUCGACGUCGCUGCAAAGGGGCGAACAUAGGUCCCCCUUCCUGCUGGCCACGCACUGCACCGCCCCACUGCUGCUUUCGUUUGAAAUAAUCGACCACCGCAACAAAACAGAACCUCUAUUUAUUAUUGUGUAGUCUAUCGUGUUGUCGGUACGAGAGAGAGCGAAUUAAAGUCGGGAUUGGAAAACCAAAAAAAAAAAGACGAAAAAAAAACACCAAUGAAACAGAACUCCCACGGCUUUGAGAAUUUUUCCAUCUUUAGCGUUCCACGGAGCCUCGCUGCCCUAAACGCGACGAUCGUUCUUUUUUUUUUUUUUUUUAUUUCAUUCGUAUCACGUAGUUUCUACCCUCAAGACCAUUUAACCCGUGAUAGACGGAACUCUCUUCCAACUAGAUGAUCACGCUCUGUUUUCAUCCUCUUUCAUUUUUUUUUUUUUUCACUAAUCAGAGAGGACUGACGCUACGUCGAAACCAGUCUACAAUCCUCUUGUCUCUGCUCGUCAAGCAGGGACCAUAAUGCUCAAUGAAAGAACCAUCGUUUCCACUAGGCAUCGAGCAAUCUGUUCGUUUCUUUAGUCGUGUCUUCUCGAAUUUCAAUUCUUUCCUCCCCAAUACGCUUUUUCAACCUCUCUCUCUCUCUCUCUCUUUCUCUCCGUUUCUUAAUCCUCGAGGAGCUAACUUAUCUUCUUGUCUAACGACAUUAAUUGUCUCUAUCGAUAACCCAAUCGAGUCUUCCCGCGAACCGAACCGAGAGGACAUCGACUUUCCCUGGAAGUCCAGCAGAUCCAUUUGACCAGGACCCUCUUGUGAACGAGCAUCGAACAAAAAUGUCAGAACUCCCGAAUGCUGUCGAUGUCACUGUCCGUGUUCCCUCGUCAUCGAAGACCCAAUCGAUGCAGUCGGUUGAUCGGGGCUAACCAACCUAAUCCAUCAGCGUUCCUCUUCUCAACCAGCAAGAUGGACACGGAAUAAUACGAAACGAAAGAGCGUAGCGGUGCUUAUGAGAGCAGCAGACGGCGGGAACGUGUUCGAUAUACAGUUCCAGCGUGAAUGGAAGAUACUUUAACCACGUCGACGACGCGGGGCCAAGAGCAAACUGCCGGGGCUGAAGCGGAAAGCAACGAACGAGGAAACCGUUACUCCCUUUCGCCAUUUGGAUCGAGUGGUAUACACUUUAGGAACGAAAUAAAAGAAACUGUAUUCCGAACGGUGACGUAACUUUCACGAAGGCUUCUGCGGGAGUAAUAAAAGUGUGACGCUUGUCAUCGUACGGCGGGGAGGAUCGAAAUAAUGGCGGACGCAGAAGCCUUCCCGCGACCACGGCGCCCGAAACUUACGCCACUCGAGAAAUCGAUGAUGCUCCGCGAUUUAAGAUUUAACCAUUGUACAUAAUACGUAACACGCGCGAUGUUUAAAGAAUAAAAAAUGAUUGUAUGUAUAUAUACAUAUAUAUUUAGAGACAUUAAAUGUAUAUAUGUAUGUAUACGUAUACGUAAUAUUUUUCGCGAAAAAAGCGCACAGAGACGAAGACCCGUGGAUCCUUUGAGAGCCCCGGGGGUGAGGGCCUCGAGCGAGAAGGAUUUGAAUCGACUGAAAUCUAGGUUUUCCGAUGACUGUUUUGCUUCGCCCUUUUACUUUUUGAUCACCGACUAAGCCUUCCUAGCAGCGCAUAGGUGGAUUUAGCCGCCUGAAGACGUUCUGAUUGUUACAUAGGGAAGAAAUAACUGGAACGACGUUCACGAUUCCUUUCAAGCUACCCUCCUUCUGUUGUCGCCGUGACUGACGACGAGAUCCAUGUAUGCCGUUUUAAGACAGAUCUGGGCACGUGUCGUUUGAAGUACAAAAUAAAAGGAAGUAAUAUUCCCGGUUAACGUGUCACGUGUGUAUACUAAAGCGAUUUUAGAAAGGUCAUUUAUAAUAUCUUAACGUUGAGACAAUUGUUUCUUUUGGGCCUCGUAUUGUGUUCGUAUAAAUACGUUUAUACUCUCUCUGUGAAAUUGUACCACCACAAAGUAAAGAAAUUUGUUAUUCUGUAACCACGUUGCAAUUUAUAGAAUUUAUUUGGAAGCUUAUAUGACGCCGAGAUAUACUAAAAUUUAUAUCUCACUGUCGGUUUGUAUUGGUUUGAAUACAUUACGGGGGUUUAAAGUACAUAAACUGCUCUGACAACGAUAGCAGAUAAUGCUCAAUGUUGAACGUGAGGUGUACAAUUUUGAAGAAAAUUGUCGAAAAGUAUUAAAAAUUGAACGCGAAAGUAGUAGAAAAAUCAACGUUCGUGGAAAUAAUUCAGAUCAUUUAGUAUUGUGAAAGUUGUUUCUGAUGAAUAGGAUCAUUUAACAUUUCGUUAAUCAUGCCGAAAAAUGCCCAGAUCUGGUACCAGCCAUGACCUGCACUCGAAAACAGCGUUGACCAGGUCGAGUCUCGUGUCACGUUUUUUUUCUUUUCUUUAUUUUUUUUUUUUGGUACCGAUCGACUGCCGUUUUUCCUUUACUUUUUCUUUUGGUUGCUUGAUAAUGACCCUUUAACUCUCUUUACGAAUAACAGUACCAAACGGGAAAAUAUGAUCCGAGAAAUCUGGCUGAAUCUCCGUAAUCGAGGAGUUCGUAACGAAAUGAAUCCUUCUCAAGAAAUUCAAGAAUCGAGUUCACUACGGUUCCCAACGAUCUAUGGGAAUCUCUACACCGUGGAUUUAUCGUAAACUUCGAAGCCACAGCUGAUGUCGCAUCUUAUAUCGUAAAUGUUUCAGUGCUUCUGCAAAAGUAAUCCUAAUCAUACCGGAUGGGUCGCACGUGGACCGCGUUGAUUUUGAUAAGAGCAGCGAAGAAGAGUAUCGAAUUCAUAUUGUUGAUUAAUUAUGAAUGUAAGAUAAAGAAUAUAUAUAAUCUGUUUUAUUUUUCAUA